AUGCUUGGAAUGAAAUAUGGAAUUCAGAGGACUUCAAGAAAAAAUCAGAGCAAAAUAAAAAAAAAUAGGUGUAAAGGUGUAGUUGGUGGAAAAGCCCCACCUACCCAUAAUGGUGGAUCGGCUUCACAUCAACAAAUUGCUGCUGAUAUGGAGGAAUAUACAGGAAAAGCUCCAUCAUGCUAUGAACUAUUCAUGUUUACUCAUACUAAGGAUCAUGACGGAAAAAGAUUUCAAGUUGACAAAGCUAAAGAAGUUAAUGAUUUGUUUGUGUCUCGACGUGCGGAUUUGGCAUUGCUAGGAGAGGAAGUUCCUGAAAGCGAACUGUUUUAUGCAGCUGUUGGAGGACAUGAUCGUAAGAAAAUAGUUUAUGGGCUUGGAUCAUAUGGCAGGUCCAUUUUUCAUGAAAACUCCUCUCAAACAUGCACUUCACCAUAUACAAGUUUUGAGAAAGAUCAUCUCGAGAGGAAGAUCCAGAAAUUAGAGUAA